AUGCAGUUUUUAAUCUUCAUUACAAUUAAGUCCGUUUUCCCUCUCUUCGCUAGGUGUUGGAGAGAGGGCAUGUUCUGUAAUAAUCAUCUUAUGAGUAUUUCGGAACAAAAAUCUCAUGUAUACAUACUCGUGCAAAAUAAAUGGCGGGAACAGGUACAAAAUAUAAAUCCCUGGCUCACCUUCCCGCCGCCGGCUCUUCACCCCUUCCAGUUCCGUUCCUCCCACCUCAUGGCGGUGGAGCCGCCACCAAGCAACCACCACGGCGACCCAUCUACUUCUGGCGGCCUGGGCUACUUCCAUCUCCGCCUCCUCGGCCCCGCCGCGUCGCUCUUCCUGCUCCGCUCCGACCGCCUCUAUUCUCUCUCCUUUUCCCGCCGCCGGGGCUACCGCCUCCGCCUCAUCGCGUCCCCUGCGCGUCGCCGCAGGCGCUGCCGCCGCCGCGAUCUUCUGCUCAGCACUGCCGGCUGCGUCCUCCGCCUCACCCACUGCUUUUCCAGUCCCGACGCCGUGCGCGUCAAUGGGCUGCCCCUCGACGACGGCGGCGGCCCGGUCAAUCUGGCCGUGGGCGACGAGGUCUCGCUGCUCCUCCUCGGCUCCAGGUACGGAUUUGUGGCGGAGAAAUUUGUCGCUUGCGAAAGGGGUGACGAGGUAGCGGGGUCCUGCGAGGAGGUUCUUGUGCUGAGGGCAGAGUCGCUCCGGAAGCGGCUAAGAGCGAUCUCAGAGAGCCAGGACCCUAUUUCUUUCUUGAGGGAUCCACACCGUGCACAUGCCGGAGUGAAAAAAGCGAGAGGAGAGGGUGAUUUUUUGUGUCAGGGCAAUCCAAUUAACUCUUUUCCUCAGGAGAAUUUGCGGCAACAAGAAUGCAAUUCUGAUCAAAACAGACCGGGACACCAACCUGAUGUUACAAACGAAGAUACUGUUCAGGUGCCUCAAAGAAGCAAACGAUGCAGCAAUGUAGAGCUCAAAGGGUGCAGUAAUGGGAAUGUAGAGCAGCAUCACACGGAGGGUUGCUACUCAGACGGGAGCACAUUCUUCCUGAACCGCCUCACUGGCGUAAGACCUGAAAUGCGAGCGGAGCAACACAGUGGAGUGACCCUACCACAGCUUCUCCACCCUAUUGGCAGCUUGUUGCGAGUGUUUAUUGCAACGUUUACCUCUGACAUUUCCUGGUUCCUGGACUACUGUAAGAUUCCCCAGUACCUGCCAGUAACAAUAGCAUGCCACAACAAGGACAGAUGCUGGAGUGCGAAUAGUGAAAAUAGAACUGCAGUCCCUUUCGAAAACCAUCCUAAUUUACUUCUAGUAUACCCCCGAUUUCCAGAAGUGAUAGCAUUUGGAAAGGAUAGGAAGAAUCAAGGAGUUGCAUGCCACCAUCCAAAGCUCAUAGUGUUACAGAGAGAGGACAGCAUGCGUGUUAUUAUUUCUUCAGCUAACUUGGUACCUAGACAGUGGCAUCUCAUAACAAACACAGUGUGGUGGCAAGACUUUCCCCGUAGGACAUCCCCCGAUUAUUCAGAUCUUUUUAGUGCAUUCGAGGGACCAAAAUCUGAUUUCGCUGCUCAGUUAGUUUCAUUCAUAGGAUCCCUUAUCAAUGAAGUCCCUAGCCAAGCAUAUUGGAUAAAUGAGAUAGCGAAGUAUGAUUUUGAAGGAGCUGGUGGGUACCUUGUUGCUUCAGUACCAGGGUUGUAUAUGCCAAGUCCUUGUUAUUUGGAGUCCAAUUAUUGCCUUUCAGAAAAACAGAUUAUACAUACAAAAUCUUCAUAUAGAAUAUUCCUUGGUUCUGUGCAAACAUCUGUAGUUGGUUUAUCCCAUCGGUUUCACUUACCAUCUGAUGCCGGUUCACAACUGAAAGCCUUGUCUGUAUUUCUUGGAAAAUGCCGUGAAAACAUGCAUGGAACUACAGAAGUGAUCUUGAAAAGAAAUACAAAUAUACCUGCAGAUGCUAAUGCUGUGAGUGUCCUUGUUGCUGAUCUGGAUAAAUUUUGUGAGGAAGAUUCUGUCCAACUUGGUUUCUUGCCUAGAGAGGUUGCGAAAUGGGUAUCUCCCCUUAGUGACACAGGCUUCUUCAAAUUUUCUGGAUUUAUCUACCCUAGAGAAGCCCUGGAAGCUGCAUUUGGAGCAACUAACACAAAAGUGCAGUUGCUUAUGUAUGUAUCAAAGGGUCCAGAGUUUUCUCAAAUUUCAGGGCUGAUUCAGGAUGAACAUCUCCCUUCAUUGUGCUCACUUGUAGCGUGCUUGAAAAGAAGCCCUGGGCUUUGGCGGUUAGAAGAGGUAUUAUCACACUUUAAGUGGCCUGAAACACUGGAGACUGAUUUUAUGUACAGUGCUUCAUCCAUUGGGACUUCUAUUAAUCCACAGUUCAUUGCACACUUCGCUUCAGCGACAGGUAAACGAUCCAAUCACGAUGUUGACUCCGAAGAAUCUGAUCCAGAGUGGGGUGGCUGGACAGCAGGCCAUGAGCUAAAGAAGCCAUCAAUCAGUUUGUUAUUUCCAACAAUUGAGAGGGUGAAAAGCGCGGCUUGUGGAAUUCAGUUGUCCAGAUAUUUGCUUUCUCUACCUGAGAAAACGUGGCAAAGAUUGAGAUCUACCGGCAUAUUUCAUGAUGCAAUCCCACAUCCACAUGAUAGGAUAGGGCAUCCUAUGCAUGUUAAGGUUGCUCAGAGGCGAUUCCGGUCUCGGUUAGGUGGCCAUUCAUUUGGCUGGACUUACUGUGGAUCUCACAAUUUCAGCCCAGCUGCCUGGGGACAACCGUUGCGCCCUCCGUCCAAAGCGAAUCCUACUGAUGCCACCAGAGGAGCUCCUUCUGGGUCAAGGCUGCACAUUUGCAACUAUGAGCUGGGCAUCAUUCUCAUUGCCCCGCUGCCAGGCAUGUCAAAGGAGGGCAAUGGAAGGAGGCAUGGGAUUGAUGGCAUAUCCCUUCCAUUUGUCAUCCCUGCACCACAAUACAAGUACAGUGAUAGGCCCGUGACACCGCUGGCUAUACGACAAGCCAUGGCCGAAGCUUGUAUUCCGCAGAGCGACUUGUCGGAAGAGACUGACGAGGAUAUACCAGAUGAAGAUGAUGAGCAUGUGGUUGAGCUAUCUGACUGUUGUCCUGAAGAGAAAGAAGAGGAAAAGAUCUACGCAGAGACUCUAUGGGGGCAGGUGGAUUCUUCUCAGAGCCAGGGAAAAGAUUCCUGA